AUGGCUACGGUGGCGCGGGCUGUGGCUGCCGUGCGCCCCGCGCCUAUCGUGCACGGCGUUCAUAAGGCCGUCGCCGUCGACUACGCUGAGCCGCGGCCGUACCACUACCAGUACGCCGUCGACGACCCUCACUACGGACCCAUGCUCAACAAGCAGGAGGAAGCCGACGGUGCCGGUAACGUUGUGGGCUCGUACUCCGUCAACCUGCCCGACGGCCGCACCCAGAUCGUCAAGUACGUCGCCGACCACUACAACGGCUUCAACGCCGAGGUCAGCUACGAGGGCUACGCCCAUCACCCGCAGGUGGCUCGCGGCUACGGCUACGGCGGCGGGCGAGGCGGGUACGGCGGCGGGCGAGGCGGGUACGGCGGCGGGCGAGGCGGGUACGGCGGCGGCCGUAUCGUGGGUCUGGUGGGGGGCCGCGGCGCCGGUCUGGUGGGGGGCCACGGCGCCGGUCUGGUGGGGGGCCGUGGCAGAGGUCGUGGUCUCCGUGGAGGCUACGGCCGUGUCCCAGUCUACCGGCACUGA